UUCUCAUCGCCGUCGUCUAAUCGUCCAUAUCUCAAAUCGUUAAAGUUUGAACGUUUAGUUGGCGCGCGCGGUUGCGCAGGCGCCAUGACACUUGCGAAGCGCGUCGGUUCGGAACAAACGAAGCACGGAUGCUCCUCGAUUAAUCACGGAAUUUACCAGGUAAAAGUGUGUGACGAACGGAAAUUCUUGUCGGGAAUGGCGACGGGAGUGACGGACGACCGCUGGGAAGUUCAGAUUGCUCCGGGUGUGCGCGAUCGAUGCCGUUUCGUAGUCGAUGUUGUGUCGCAGUUCGAUGCAGGCUACAGUUGCCGAUUCCGAUGCAGUGGUUACGGGAAAAUGAUCCUUCAAAAGAAUCGGCAUCUGAUUGGCGUAUUUUUCAUUGGAUGUAAUCGUGGUAACUAUUGGCGUCCGCGCCUAUUGCUCUUGAAAAAAAUCCGCCAUUGCUUCUGUGUUAAUACAUCAUGAUAUUGAGUUGAUAAAUGAUAGACGGCGAAUGUGCAACAGUUUCAUUAAGUUAACUUCGUGCAAUCGUAGCGUCGGUGAACAUGACAUAUUGAUAACAAUAGUUCUAUCAAGUGAACUCCGUAACCGUAAUCUUAUCUCAUAUUAUUAACUCGUAUCAUAAAUUUUUUGAUACAUUUUUGAAUAUAUAAAUUAAUUACAAUAUGCAUGAGUGCAUUAAGUUAUUUAUAUAUAUAAUGAUUAAUAGUUAUUUAUAUAUUUGUAACAGUUUAAUUUAUAUAUAUAGCAACAAUUAGCAGUGAUCUAUAGUUAGUAUUGUAAUCGUUAUAUUUGUUAAAUUAUGAAUACCUGACUUAUUUAAAAUGUACAUUAGUAAUUGGCAGUAAUCGAGAAAUAUUCAAUUUCAGUGAUAUAUCAGCUGACUUGUUUCUUAAAAAUGUAAACUAAAAUUAAUGCUACGGUUAUAAAAAUGAAUUGUUUUAUUUGAAUAU